AUGCCGCUGCGACUCACGACCUCCCUUAUAGACACAAUGGCUGCCAUCAUUGCAUCGCAGCACCUGCAGCUGCUGCCACUGCAUCCAACCGCAGCCACCCCAUCAGUACAGCGCCUCAUGGCCUUGUCUGAAGCCCUGCAGAGACAGGGGCACCAGCAGCCGCAAGAGCAGCAGCAGCAAAAGGAGCAGCAGCAGCGGCCAGAGGCAGAAUCUCCCCUACGCAUACGGCGAGCUGCUGUCUUGGUGCCACUCUGCAACAACACCAACGGGGAGGCGUGCUGUCUCUUGACCCUGAGAAGCCCCUUCCUCUCAAACCACAGCAAUCAGGUGUGCUUCCCUGGAGGUGUAAUGGAGCCUGGAGAGACACCCGAGGAUGCAGCCUUGAGAGAGACAGCCGAAGAAAUAGGGAAUAUUGGGCCUAUACGCAUUGUCGGCCGUACGCAGCCUGUGUUCUCUCUCUCGGGAUUUAUUCUCCAUCCAGUCAUCGGCGUGGCGAUGCGGGAGGUGGACGCGUCUUUGCUGCAGCCGAACCCUGAGGAAGUGCAGGCUCUAUUGUUUGUCCGAUUAGAAGAUCUACUACAGCAGCUAAAACGCCACCAGCAGGAGCAGCGGCAGCCGCAGGCGGAGCAACAGAAGGAUGAUGGACCCUUCGCCAGUGUGCUCAGGCUCCCACAUUUCAUGUUUGAGCAGUAUCCUAUAUGGGGCCUCACAGCAUUCGUCCUCAGAGGCAUCCUCUUACGCCUGGUACUGCCUGCUGCAACACUGCCGGAGGGCUAUUUAGGUAGUGGCAGCAGCAGCCGUUGCUGCUGCUGCAGGUGCAAAUGGGAAACCAAGCCGCAAGAGCAGUCGCAAGCACCCUACGGGCUGCUGCCCCCGAAAUUUGAUGCCAAGGUCCCUCAUGAGUAG